AUGGGCUAUGUGACAGCAAUGAAGUCGACUUCGAUGACCAUCGGCAGCGCGAGCAUUGCACCACGCUCAGAGGCUGGAGUACCAGGGAAGGUUCGCUUGGGUAACAGAAGCAGCAAUUACUCCGAAGCGCGCAGAUCACUCGAGAGUCAUCGUGGUGCGCUAGGGCCUGUGCUUGAUGAGAGCGCGUGGCUUCGAUCACUACAGCGUCGCAAGGUUGUUGAGGAGCUGAUCUCCUCGGAAGAGAGCUAUAUCGCAGACCUCAAGGUCUUGAUCAACGACUAUUUCAUGAUCCUUACUGCCCUUCCUACUCUGUCAGGCCAGACACGAUCAUCCAUACAACAGAAUAUCUCCCAGAUUCUACAGCUUCACGAAGACUUGCUCGCCGAACUUCACCAAGUUGUACCUCAGGCAGACUUCACCAGAAGCGCGCACCAAGAGUCAUAUCCCGUGACGAAAGCCAAACAUAUCCGCUUCCAUAGCGCCGACAUUGUGCCGGGGCGCUUCGCCGAACACAAGACCGCCAGGAGGCUGAGGCAUUCUUUGGAGAUUGGACGAUCUCCAGACCGCAGACCGCGAGGCCUAGUAACGGACACGCAGACGGCCGGGAACAUUGCCAAGAUCUUCAACAAACAUAUGAAACGCUUCUUCACAUACGAGGAGUAUGGCGCACAUUGGACGACCAUGUCACAGGAUCUUACCACAAUGUGCAAAGGACUGCAUGGUUGGCAAGAAUACGAGCGCGGAGUCGAAGCGCUGCAGAAGGUGGUCGCAUCCGAGAACAACAGAGAGGCAGGGAGCAAGAAGGCGCUCAGCUUUCCAGAUCUCUUGAUCAAGCCGAUUCAGAGGGUGUGCAAGUACCCACUACUGUUCGACGACCUAUGCCGCCACACUCCCGUCUACGACGACCCAGAAGCGCAUGCUGAGCUCGAAAAAGCUCUUUUUCGACUGCAAGAGACUAUCCGCGAAGUCAACAAGGCGAAAGAUGACCCUCAGACCCGGCGGCUUAUUGAGAUUACAUGGCAACUGCAAGACCGCCUAGCGUUUUCGGAACAGAAGAUUUCUCGAGCUCUUGCCUCAAGUCUCUUGGGUCUGUCUUCGGUCAUGCAAAUACUCUAG